AGUGCCAGGAACGGCCCACUCUCCCUGCCCCCCUCUACAGUCCAGACUCCAUGCUGGUGACAGGCUGCUGUGGAGUCCAGACCUGUGUGGAGAGGACAUGUCCGUACAAAGGACACACUUAUGAGGUUGGAGAUCGCUGGUCAGACCCCUCAGAGAAGUGUGUGUCAUUUAGCUUCACCAGCAGUGGCACCAUUAUGGAGAAGAAAGCGUGUCCUCAGGAGAACUGCUCAGAGGUAACCACACCUGUGGCCUGAGACUCGCCUGGGUGAACCUGACGGUCGGCUUCUGCUUCGCCUCCGUGCAGCUGCCCACCUGUGAGGGACGGUGUGACUCCCGGUCUAGCUCCAGUGCCUGUCUCCCUGCCUCCCUGUCUCCCUGCCUGCCUGUCUGUCUCUCCUGUGUGGGUCCUGAGACACCAGCGGGUUCCGGAGCACCAUGGGUGUGGCCACCAAAGAACCCCGUGAGCCUUGCUGCUCCAAAUUCAAGCUGUUCCUGAUGUCGAUGUCGUUCGUCUACUUUGCUAAAGCGUUCGGGGGCUCCUAUAUGAAGAGCUCGGUCACUCAGAUCGAGAGACGCUUCGACAUCCCCAGCUCCAUCAUCGGGGUCAUCGAUGGCGGCUUUGAAGUUGGUAACCUGCUGGUCAUCGCCUUUGUGAGCUACUUCGGGGCGAAGAUGCAUCGUCCACGGCUCAUUGGAGCAGGAUGCCUCAUCAUGGCCGCCGGAUCAUUCUGCACCGCCAUGCCACACUUCCUUCAGGGACCGUAUAAGUAUGAGACGACCAUCUCCCAGUCUGUAGAGGUCAACUCUAGCCAGACCAUCCUGCCGUGUCUCAGCAGUGCGGAGCAGGCCAAGGAGGACGAGCCACCGUCCGCUCUGAACCAAGCAGAGUGUGAGAAAGCAUCCGGCUCGUCCAUGUGGAUCUAUGUGUUCAUGGGGAACAUGCUACGGGGCAUCGGCGAGACUCCCAUCAUGCCCCUGGGGGUGUCCUACCUGGACGACUUCGCCCGUGAGGAGAACACGGCAUUCUACCUGGCCUGUAUCCAGACGGUGGGGAUCAUGGGUCCCAUGUUUGGUUACCUUUUGGGGUCCUACUGUGCAAAAAUCUAUGUGGACAUCGGCACUGUGGAUUCAGACACGGUGGCUAUUGACCAUAAGGACUCACGCUGGGUGGGCGCUUGGUGGAUGGGCUUCAUCCUCACCGGUGGCAUCAUGCUGCUCGCCGGCAUCCCCUUCUGGUUCCUGCCCAAGUCUCUGCCCAAGCAGGGCCAGAAACAGAAGAAGACCAGCAAUGGAGUGGCACUCGAGGAGCACGCCAACUUUGUGCCCCAGGAGGGUAAUAAGGAGGCAGCCGCUGCCGCCAAAAUGGAGACGCCUUUCUCCAUGGCAGCAAUGGCUAAAGAUUUCCUGCCCUCGCUGCGUAGGCUGUUCAGUAACUCUGUGUACAACCUCAUCAUUUGCACGUCCCUGGUGGCCGUCAACGGCUUCAUCGGAAUGAUCACCUUCAAGCCCAAGUUUAUGGAGCAGACGUACGGACAGUCCCCCUCAAAGGCCAUCUUACUCAUAGGCAUGUUUAAUCUACCUGCGGUGGCUCUGGGCAUCAUCACGGGCGGCUUCAUCAUGAAGCGCUUCAAACUGACCGUGAUCGGCGCAGCACGGAUCUCGCUCACCGCCUCGUUCGUGUCCUUCUGCCUGAUGCUGUCACAGUACUUCAUGCAGUGUGACAAUUCUCAGGUUGCAGGGCUGACUAUCAACUACCAGGGUCUUCCAGAGCUGUCUUAUGAGCAGAGCUCGCUGCUCUCCCAGUGUAACCGCGGCUGCUCCUGCUCCAUAAAGCACUGGGACCCAGUGUGUGCCCACAACGGCAUCACCUACGCCAGCCCGUGCUUGGCAGGGUGCCAGACGUCCACCGGACUCGGAAAGGAGAUGAUCUUCCACAACUGCUCGUGUGUGUUAGAGGUGGCAAUGCCCCCUGCCAACAUGUCCGCCACCCUGGGUCAGUGCCCGCGCAAGAGCGACUGCGACACCAUGUUCAAGUGGUACAUGGGUGUGUCGGUGGUGGGUGCGUUUGUGUCUGCCUGUGGAGCCACACCUGGCUACAUUGUCCUGCUCAGAUCCAUAGCUCCUGAUCUGAAGUCGCUGGCUCUAGGGAUGCAGACGCUGAUAGUCAGGACCCUUGGUGGUAUCCCCCCACCCAUCUACUUUGGAGCGCUCAUCGACCAGACGUGUCUGAAGUGGGGAGUGAAGAGGUGUGGGGGUCAGGGGGCCUGCAGAAUCUACGACACAGAUGCCUUUAGGUCUCGUUUCCUGGGCCUGAUCUACGGGCUGUACGCUCUGUCCUACCUGCUGUGGGCCGUGCUCUACCGCACCCUGGUGAAGCAGCAGCGGAAGCUGGCAUUGAGGGCCCUGGCCAACGGGCAGGGCCAGGGGCAGGGUGCCAAUGGGUUGCCCAAGGACAGCUGUCCCGACGGGGACCAGAGCAAAGAGGAGCUGAAGAGUGAGACCUCCAUCUGAGAGGCUCAGAGGAAAGACUGGUACUUAAAGGUGUAGCGUGUUAGUUUUAUAUUAUCAAAAACAAAACUGUUGACGAGUGGACCAUGAGAGGGACACUUUCCUGCAUCAUGUUUGUCAACUAUACAUUUCUGACAGAAAUAUGUACAGUAUUGCAUCAUACUGCCAAGUAGGCUACUCAGUCUGUCUGGUUAAAGACUGGUUAAUUUCCAUGGUUACAUACCUUUGCUGUUGCUGUUGCUGUUGAAGGUCAGCUGCAAUGUCAGAGGUGGACAUCCCAGCUUCAAAAAAGUAAAAGUUCUACCACGUAUUGCUUCUACCAGUGCACUUAACACUCAACAGGUGAUAUAAUGGACUAGCUGACGAAGAGAAAGCUGGGUUUACAUGAAACGUUUUCAUGCACAUAGUGCACUCAUUUGACUAAUUGAGAUUUACUGAAAUGAGUGCACAAUCCAAAAAUGAGGGCACCAUUUAGUAAAACGAGCCCAACAAUUUAGUAAAACGAGCGCAUGUUCUCUUGAUAUACAAAGCCAAUCGCGCCAUGACACUUUCCAGGCCCCAUAAGGUAUAUUACUGUAUGUGCAGCAGACUAUCAGGAGGAGGGCAUAGGGACCUUCUACAAAGUGCAACACCCUGUUGUGCUGCUGCUGCUUGUUUCUGUGAAUAAAAUGUGGGGAAAUAAUUCAAAUGAGCACACUAUUUAUUAAUUAAAACAAGAACUCGAUUUUGUAAAAUGUGCACACGAUUUUGUAAAAUGAGCGCAUGAUUUAGUGAAAUGAGCACAUCAUUUAGUAAAAUGAAUGUGAAUUUUCUAUACUCUUCUUUCUAUAUAAAAAAAUCUCGUAAUCACACGUCCCAGGCUCUGAGCAUUCUGAUACCGUAGCUGAUCAGAACGCCUCGAUUAUGAGAAUGUCUCAAUCAAAUCAAA